UGUGGUUGGAUGAAAGCACACACUCGCUCACUCAGGAUUCCAGAGAAAUCCGAAUGCGCGAUAAGACAACGAUUGGGAAACAUUAUAAGAAGGCGUGUUUUAUGUACGGUUGGACUUGUCCUUACAGCCUUAUUUGUUUUAUUUUACCAAACGGAUAUAUCUAAACGAGGAAGAAGCAAAGCACGAGAGGUUUUAAUCUGUGUGAAGUCUGCGUUCUGUUGAGGAUAUACUGAAUUCAUUUAAGGAUCGCAGCAUGGCCAUGUGACUAUUUUAUUGGCUCUGCAUCAACAAAAUACCAUUAAGAGCAUACUUGUGCAAGGAAAAACAAACAUUCAGAAAAAUGAUGGAUGUUCCAGACCUUGUGGCAAACAGAGAUGUCCACAUGAUGCUUUUACAGAGGAAGAUACAAAAUGCAAACACCCCAGAGGAAAGGGAACAAUUUGAAAAGCAAAAGUUUGAGCUCCAUCAGGGCAGAGACCUGGUUGUACAGUCUAUGCAACAGAUAGUGGAAAAGUGCACAGACUCCAAUGAAGCUUUCCAAGAGGUUUUGCAUGGACAAAGCAAAGCCUACUCAACUAAGCAAUAUAAGGAGGUUGCUGAGCACUACAGAGAAAAGUGUUUUGACUGGCAUGAUAAAAAGUAUCAGACCGUUAUGGACCACCUGUACCUUUUUGCUAACCUGCUUGAUAAGAAAGUGACAGUGGAACGGAUUAAGAACGCGAUUGAAGAAGUGGGUACUGACAUGAGAGCCAAAAUGGAAAAAAAGGAGAACGAAGAGGAAAACGAGAUGGAACAGUAAAAGGAAACGGAAACUGAAAGCAAGAAGAUGAACAUAAGAUAGCAAGGGGGAGAAUGAAUGAAUUGGUCUCUAUUUGCAAAAAAAAAUUAUACACGUAUAUAUUAAAUAAUAUAUUUAAAUUAUAUUUAAAGUCCAGAGACCUUUUCCAGACUGCUAUUUCAGUAUUAAUAAAUACCCUUAAUAGUUUAUUUUAUCGCUACAGAUAAAAGUGGGCUCUUGUGAUUACUUUUUUUUUACUUUUUUACUAAAUUUGCUUUUGCUUGAAAUUGCACAUAAUCAGUCUGGAUUAAUUAAGAGAACAGCAAUUGAGACCUUCAAAUAAUCAUGCUGAUAUUUGCUAUACACAAUACUAAUGAGCUUAUUCCUAAUCAUCUGAGCUACUCAGUAGUCUUCUGCUUCUGACUUCUUGUAGUGACUUCUCAGCAAACGUCUCUAGGUUACGACCGUAACCCUAGUUCCCUUUCGGAACGAGACGCUGCGUCGAAACGCUAUGGGAACACCCUCUGCGUUUCGACGCAGCUCGAGUUCCAAAAGGGAACAUCUCUAGGUUACGACCGUAACCCUAGUUCCCUGAGGAACGAGAUGCUGCGUCGAAACGCACAGGGCGUUCCCAUAGCGUUUCGACGCAGCUCGAGUUCCGAAAGGGAACUUUGGUUUACUGAGUUCAAACGAACAAAUCUUUUUUUAAUGACUCACUGUCAUGUGUUUAUUUUGGUGUUACAAUAUCGCACAUUUAGUAGUUCAGAACAUAGCAUAUAUAGUUGUUUUCAUAGAAUUCAUAGAAUAUAUAGGAAGUGUGAAGGCUUUAAAUGAAUAAAUCAUAGUAAAAAAAAAAAAGCUCAAUUUAAUUUUCAGUGCACUUUUAUUGAUUGCUGUUUCUCUUCUAGAUUUUCUACAUUAAAUGCACCAUUUCACAAUGUAAAAGUUUUGUUCAGCUAAAUACAGUGGCUAUUAAAGCAAGUAACCAUUUCAUUUUGUAGUUGUUUGAAAAGAAAACACAGCCUGGUCAUAUUUAGAUCUAGAUUAGUACAUGUCAUCCUUUCUGCUUCAUCACAUUGCUUGUCAGAUUUUCCACAAAUAAUCAAAGACCAUUUUUAAACAAAGAUGACUUUAUUUCAAAACUGUCCUUUAAAAUCAGCAUGUCUUAAUUGUACCAUGUGGAAAUCAGGUAAUACAUAUAACAAUGUAGUACCAGUGUCCUAAUACAAUCAGCUCCAGAAUUAAUGGCACUCUUGAAAAGAUUGAAUUUUAAAAAAAAGACUAUAAAAUUGUCAGUAAAAAUAAAAUGUAUUUGUUGUCA